AUGUGUGUGAAAAAGUCCUCCUCCAGCCUCGGAGGGGGUGUCUCCCCCAAUACCAGCUCCCUCCCCCAGGGCUCAUGGGGCGGGUCCGGUUUGCUCAGGAACAGCGGCGACCGCAGCAGCAGCCUUGGGGCUGAGCGGCGGUGGCCUCCUGGCAGCGCCGGCAAGAGGCAGCUCCGAGAGCCCAGGCCCUGGGGAGAUCCAGCCCAGGCGGCUGCCAGGAUGGAGGAAACGUCGAGCGGAGCCGGAGCCACCGGGGACGGACUUCCUCCCCAGCUCAGCUCCCCGACAGCUUGGCGAGGCCUGCUCCAAGGGCCGGCGAGUAGAGGAGGCUUGUGCCUCGGGCCUGGCAGCGGCAGCCGAAGGACGAGGCAGGCACGGCGGGGUAAACGCGCGAGCUGGGGCCGUUCUCAGGAACCUACGGCGCCACGGCCGCUCAUUGUCUCUCCCCUUCCACCCGGGGGCAAACAGGAAGCCCGCCGCCUGGCCAAGCGACGGACGGGCGCCAGGACCAAUGAGCGCAGCCGACGGCGAGCGUGGCGGCAAAUGAGCGCCGGGAAGAGGGGCGGAACUUCCGGGCGGGCUGUCACCCUCUUCCCCCCUUUUGGGCUGGAGGCUCCACCUUUUGUGUUUCCCGCACAGUCAAUCAAAAUAGGAAAAAAAAAAUCCCCGGACCGCUCGGGCCGUGUCCGCCGCCGCUUCCCGCAUCCUCUCCCGCCGCCGCCGCCUUCGCUUCUCACCAUGUGUAAGGCGGCGGGGAGCCCCGCCUGAGGUGUCCUAAACACACUAUGACCGGUACGUAAGAGCCGUGAGAGAGCAACCCUCGCUGCCUCCGCCGCUGCCGCCCACAGCCAGCCCGGGGCCGCCACCGCCGGCUCCGGGCCCCGAGCGUGCGGACCGAGUGUCUGUGGAGGCGCAAAGCCGCACUCCCCGUCUCCUCCCUUCCUUUCCCCUUCCCCGCCAGCCAGCGUCCAGCCC